GUUCUUCAAAUGGCUGAAGAACCUGAAGAAUGUUGUGCCAAGGGUGAGCGGGUCAGAGCUCUGCUUUAAAAAGCCUGUGGCUUCUCGCGUACGCCUCACUUCUAUCCACAGAUGAACUGGCAGCACGCUUGGGCGUUUUCCCGUGCUAAUGCUGGUUUUGCUUUGACAGACCUUCAAGCGACAGGCAAGAUCUCGGCAGGAAGAAUGUCCGUAUCUUCCCGACUGUUUCAUCCAUGGGAACAUAUUCAGCCUCCGGAAAUAGCUCGCACACGUUCGAAAGGUUUCCCUUGAGACAUUUAACAAUGAAGAUCGGCUAAUUUUGUAACAGUUUUUACAUUUUUCUUUAAUCCAGUGCUGUUAUACAGACUGUACUUUCCUGGCUGGCUUACAGUUAGCCGUUAAGUCUCUAGGUGGCACUGUCCACCACUGAGGUACCCAAGAGAAAUAGGAGCUUUUCCCGUCCACAUGAUCACAUAUAGCAAAGGCAGCUGCAAUAAAAGACCUGGCAGUGGCUGGCUCAGCAGGCGAUAACUCGGUGAUGAUUUCAGGGAGCACGAGAAAGAAUAUAUGCUCUUUCCCCACAUUUUAGCAAAAAUGUAUUGUUGUUUUUCGUUUUUUUAAGUUUUCUUUCUGACUAUUUUACCAGUUUUCAGAGGUGGGAUGACGUCAGCUAUUUGCUGAAGUAUUGGAUUAUGGUACUGUUGAACCUGUCUGCAGGGAGCUGAGCCAGGGAAGGAAGAAUGCGGGUCUAUCUAAUGGUGCUCUGCCUUAUUUCCUACUCCGUGGAUGGGCAAAUCGCGUACUCCAUCUCCGAAGAAACGGGACGUGGGGUAUCUGUUGGGAAUAUAGCAAAGGAUUUAGGAAUAGAUGCGGCUACACUUUCAUCCAGGAAAUUUCGCAUGAUCACCAGUUCAAGUAAGCAAUAUUUUAAUAUAGAUGUAAGCACGGGGGCUUUGUCCGUUAAUGAGCCCAUAGACAGAGAGCAGGUUUGUGAAUUAAAAACGACCUGUUUUCUGAAUUACGAACUUGUUCUAGAAAACCCUCUAGAGCUGUAUAAAAUGGAAUUUAAGGUGUUGGACAUCAAUGACAACUCCCCCAGCUUCCCUUUAAAUGAAUAUCGCUUAAACGUAGCCGAGUUUUUAUCACCCGGGGCUCGAUUUGCACUCCCCGAUGCCCAAGAUCUUGAUGAAGGCACCAACAGUGUCCAGAUCUAUACUCUGAGUCCUAAUGAACAUUUCCGUCUGGAAAUGCAAAUAUGCGGAGACGGGAGUAAGUAUCCUGAACUGGUACUGGAAAAAACCUUAGACAGGGAGCAACAAGCCAUCCACAAACUCGUAAUUAUAGCCAAAGACGGUGGGACUCCCGAGAGGUCCGGUGAUGCCGACGUCGUUGUGACAGUUCUCGAUACCAAUGACAACGCUCCAGCGUUUGAACAUUCCGUCUACAGGGCAAGUAUCUUGGAGAACUCCCGCAGCGGCACGCUGGUAACCCGAGUGCAUGCCACUGACUUAGAUGAAGGUCAAAAUGGAGAAAUCAGGUACUCAUUUAGCAAUAGCACUUCUGCUGAUCUACAGAGAAUGUUCCUAAUUGAUCCCCAAACUGGGGAGGUAAAAGUCAAUGGCAUUUUAGAUGUCCAGAGACCCCUUCUAGAGAUGUUCAUCGAGGCCAGGGAUAAAGGAGCGUUCGGGAUGUCCAGCACAGCUAAGCUGCUGGUGGAGAUCACUGAUGUGAACAAUAAUGCCCCCGAGAUCACAAUCACGUCUCUUUCCAGUCCCAUCCCCGAGGAUGCUUUGUCCGGAACUGUGAUAGCUCUUUUGAGUGUUAGGGAUAAAGACCCUGGAGAGAACGGGAAGGUAACCUGUCAGAUCCCUGCCAACUUUCCCUUUCACCUGAAAUCGUCUUUCGACAAUUACUAUAGUCUGGUCACGGAUGGGCCUCUGGAUCGAGAAGGGGUCAGUGAGUAUAACAUCACCGUCACUGCUAUGGACCUUGGGUCGCCUCCCCUGGCCACUCGGAGGACACUGUGGGUGCAGAUCUCGGACGUGAACGACAACCCUCCCAAGUUUGCCAGCUCAGCAUGCGACAUCUCUGUGACAGAAAAUAACCUUCCUGGGGCGUCCCUGUACCAGGUAUCAGCGUCUGAUCCCGAUGUGGGGGAAAACGGCCGGAUUUCUUAUACACUCAGGGACAUGGGUUUUGAAGGCGGCGCUUUGUCCAGCUUUUUUGCUGUUAAUUCAGAGAACGGAAACAUCUAUGCAAAAAGCACUUUUGACUUUGAACAGCUCAGGAGUUUUCAUUUCCAGGUGGAAGCCAAAGAUCACGGAUCUCCAGCACUGAGUACGGCCUUAACUGUGAAUGUCCUCAUCGCGGAUCAAAACGAUAACAUCCCCGUCAUUCUGUAUCCUGUGGCCAGGAACGGGUCAGUCGCUGUGGAAAUAGUCCCCAGGUUAGCCGAUGCCGAUUACCUGGUGACUAAAGUGGUGGCGGACGACGCGGACAGCGGGCAUAACGCCUGGCUGUCCUACCACCUCUUGCAGCCCUCGGACUCCGGCUUAUUUCGGAUUCUGGCCAACACGGGAGAACUCCGCACGGCCCGGUCCAUGAGGUCCACGGACUCCAUCAAGCACAAAGUGAUCGUCCUGGUGAAGGACCGUGGCGAGCCAUCGCUCUCCUCCACCAUAGCCUUGGGUAUCCUGCUCGCGGACUCCCUACCCCAAGCUCUGCCGGACUUCGGCGAGGGGCUGGAAGCAAGAGGACAUCUCACCACUUUAAACCUUUACCUCAUCAUCUCUCUCGCUUGCAUCUCCUUUGUGUUCCUUGGGUUUAUCCUCUUCCUUGUCCUCAUGAGGCUCCUCCAUUGCAGAACUACUCACCACCGCAGCUGCUGUUGCUUAGGGUGCUGCCCCGAGGAUGAGAAGUACGAGAAGUACCGCUACAAUGUGCGCAUGCUUCCGAGCUCUCACUUCCCUUCAGAGGUGGUGGAGGUCUCAGGGGUGGGCAAGCUUACCCACACCUACUUGUACAGGGCAUCUCUGGGCAUUGGGCCUAGCAAUAACAAUUUAUUGCUGAAUGGAGACGCCAGAAAUAUCCCCAGUGCUGCAGGAUUACAAGCGCCAGCAUCGUGUAUUCAGAUACAGAAGGUGAAAAGCGAUCACUUUAACGCUAUUUUGUUGGUAAGUAGUUUUCGUUUCAGUAGUUCAGUAGUUCGAUGUGCCCCACGGGUUCCCAGACUCCUUCAUUUGUCAUUUUUAUACUUGAUGGUAACAGCAUUGAUCUUAUGCCAGCGUGAAGCCAAUAUAUUUAUUUACCUACCAGGCAGAGGGUAGCAUUAUGGCAACACGAACAAAAUCUCCAAUCGCUUAUGUCCCCCCUUUCCCCUAAGAACCGAAAGCGAAAGAGACAUAUGCCCCAGGAACACUAGAAUGAUCUGCCAUAUCUAAACGGGGGGGGGGGGUGCUCAGUAACUACAACUUACUGUGUGUGACGAAAAGAAAAUACUGCCACAGUGCCAUUA